AUGUUACAAAUUCCCUAUAUAAAGGAAUUGCAAGCAGAAUCAGAGGGAAAAACAACGGUGGAAGAGGGACAAGUAAUCAGCUGCCACACUGUUGAGUCAUGGAAAGAGCAGCUUCAGUUGGCUGAAGAGUCCAAGAAACUGGUCGUGGUGCAUUUUACAGCUUCAUGGAGCGGGACAUGUCAUGUUAUUGCACCAGUCCUGGCAGAUCUUGCUAAGAAGCUGCCUAAUGUAACAUACUUGAAGGUGGAUGUGGAUGAAUUGAAGACCGUGGCGGAGGAAUGGAAUGUGGAGGCCAUGCCAACUUUUAUCUAUCUCAAAGAAGGCAAUUUGAUUGACAAAGUUGUGGGGGCAAAGAAAGAUGAGUUGCAACAGAGAAUAGUCUUGACCAACUUGGUGCACAAGUAUGAAAUAGAACUUGUAUUCUACUGCUUCAACUUUGUUUCUGAAACUAGAAUAUCAUAA